AUUCUGAAAAGCAUUCUCAACUCAGAAGACGUACAGUGAAAAUAACAGUACAAUGGCUUUCAAAAUUGUGCUUGUAGCCUGUCUGGUGGCAGUCGUCAGCGCCGGUUUGAUCCCAGAGCACGGAUAUGCGUCUUCCCAUCAGAGCAUUCAACAUCACGCUCCACUAUACCAACAAGCUCCAUCGUACCACCAUGCCGCUCCAGUCCAUCAUGUUGCCGCAGUUCACGCUGCCCCAGUGCACCAUGUGGCAGCUAUCCAUGCUGCUCCAGUGCAUCAUGCUCUCGUGAAAGAAGUCGAACACCACGCACCGGCCAACUACGAAUUCUCCUACUCUGUCCAUGAUGGACACACCGGAGAUGUCAAGAGCCAUCACGAAUCUCGCAAGGGAGACGAAGUUCACGGACAAUAUAGCCUACUGGACUCCGAUGGCCACCAUCGUAUUGUCGACUAUCACGCUGAUCACCAUUCCGGAUUUAAUGCCGUUGUCCGUCGUGACCCAGCUAACGUCAAGAUUGCCCAGCCAGUGCACAAAGUCAUUGCCCAGCCAGUCCAUGCAAUUGCCCCGGUUGCUCAUGCUACCAUCUCUCAUCACGCUGCCCCGAUUGCUCAUGUUUCCCACGUUGCUCCCGUAGCUCAUGUUUCCCAUCAUGCCGCUCCGCUGGUCCACAGCACGCAUCAUGUUGCUCCAGUAGCACAUGCUACCAUCGCGCACGUCGCCCCAGUCGCUUACCACAGCCAUGGUUACCACGAUGCCCCAAGCCACUACAGUCAGCAUCACUACUAGAUUGCAAACAUCAGUAGGCAUAAGGAAAACCAUAAUCAUUAACGAAGGACCUGUUCAUAUUAUGUAGUAUAAUUUCAAAAGAAGAAUU